AGGCUUCAGACCAACAACUCUGCCUUCGCGGGCAUUUUGGAUCACCUCAGAAGAUCGUUUUUCAGCAAGGACAGCUGUUAUUCGGCGAAAAAAGGAAGCAUGGUUCAGCCCAGGACGAGCCAUCGUCCAGCUACUGGAUUCCUGGAGGAACGCCUAAGAAAUAUCAGAAAGAGAUCACGCCGUGAAAACUGCUCAAGCCGUAAAAUCUGUGCAAGCCGUGAAAACUCUGCAGGCCGUGAGAAGGAUUCUCAAGCCAUGAGCAGCAUCUUGGAUAUACCAGAGCCAAGUAUUUCACCAGACAGGGCAGUGCAAAUUUCUGAAUGGCUCAAAAAUAAUAUGUGGCCAGCUGACAAAGUAGCAGAAUACAUGAAAGAAACAGCCAUCCAUAGGGCUCAGUGGAUAAGAGCUAAUGGGACAAAAGCGAUUGAGGACAUAAAUUGUGAAUUCCCUCGACUCCUUGAUACUCCAGGCAUGAUUUCACAAGACUUCUCUAUAUUAUUCCCCGACCAUGCAGAGAGAAUUUGUCAAAAUUGGAAAUUGAGUUUCAAAGACAAAAUCCUUCACUUCGCCAGCCAGGAGAAAAAGGCUCAGGAGCUUCUCCACAAUGUAGAAAAUUUGUUUCCAGAAGUCCAAAGUGACAUUGCACUCAGGCUGCUACCUGUGAUACUGCCCACCCCUGUCUACAAAAACGGGAUGAAAAUGUUCAAACCAAGCUUGGAAGAAAAUAUCAAGUCUUUCAUUGAAUUCAAGAAUGUUGGGACCAACAUAGUUGAAUACUUGGCAGGUGGCUGGGCUCACUAAACCCUUCCCCUUCGUCCUUGGUCUUGGGGAUGACAGUCAGUGCCAUCAGGCCUUUGUAAUUGUUGGCAAACAGGCACUAUACAGCAAAACACUCUCCUUGGUGCUGUGGACACAUGCUUUAAACUUUUUUUAUGUUUUGGACAUCCAUUUCCCAAAGCAGUGCGCACCAGUGUGGGAAUUUUUGCAGACUGUUGUCUACAAACUCCCAGGAACAGAAUCCCCUUCAGUAAGACUGCUCCGUGGAUAUUUGUCAUGUUAAGCAGUACUGGAACCAAAAAAACUAACCCUCUCUAAAAUGUUAUGAGUUUAUAUGAAGAGGAAAAUUGUCAGACUAAUGCAUAUAUCUAAAGCAUUUUACUUGUGCCACUGUGUUCUUGUGCCACUUUGUUAACCUUACUCUCUAAAAAGCUAUGAGUUUAAAUUAAGAUUAAACUAAAAGUUUAAGUGUCAAACUAAUUUAUAAAGCACUUGUGCCACUUUGAUAACCAAUGUUAAAAGUGAAGCUGUAAUUCAAUGUUAAAAGUGAAGCUAAUGUAAUUUAAUGUUAAAAGUGAAGCUAUAAUGUAAUUUAAUGUUAAAUGAGAAGCUAAUGUAAUUUAAUGUUA